AUGUUCGCCGUCGCACCUCGCCCAGCGCCUCUUGCACCCGCCCAGGCUGGUCCAUCCACUUCACCACAACAGACUCUCAAGAAGAGCUCUUCCCAAUCCAGCAUUACCAGCGCACCAACAAAACGACGCCGCACAGUCACCCCAGAAGACUCGCCGCAGGACUCGGCUCCAUCUCAACCACAGAAAAAGGCUAGAGAAGGCCCCAAGAAAAAGAAAGCAAAUCGCGCAUGCUUUCACUGUCAGAAGGCGCACCUUACUUGCGACGACUCCCGACCCUGUCAAAGAUGCAUAAAACGUGGUAUCGCCAAUAACUGUAGAGAGGGACAUCGCAAGAAGGCGAAAUAUCUGCUGGACGAUGACGAACUAGAGGCCCUGAAGCGUAGCAAGGAAGGAGCCAAGGGCAAGGCCCCAGAGCCUCAGCCUCAGCCCCAAUUGCACCAGCCAGUCGUCGCCACAAUGCCGAUAUCCGAACCAGUCCCCCAGUCCGAGCAGCUGCUCACAACCGCUUUCGACCCAACCACCUUCGCGUUUGGAUCAGAAGCAGCAAACCUCGAGUACUCGAUACUAUCUGCAAUUCUGGGCAACCCAAGUCCGCCGGAUUCAGCAUCGUCGCCUCCUCCGCCACCGUCCCAAUCACAUUACUCUUGGCCGUCAGACCCGCUAGAUUUUACAGCCUCGCCACGGCUGGGCACGUCUUUCACUUCCUCAUACACCGAUGCGCAGCAGCUAUCUAUCUCAUCAGACUCUGUUCUGUCAACUUCACCAAGCGCGCAAUUCCUAAACUAUUCCUAUUCUCAACAACAGCGGUCGGACGAAGGGUCCGAUUUGCCGUAUUCACAGUAUUCCGCUCAAGCCCCUCUGCAUCCUCUCCAACCGCGAUAUCCCCUCGACCAAAGGCCUCGCUCACCACCAACCAGCACUGUAGGCGAAAAAGUCUCCACAGACGUCGCUUCUCGUGGUCUUCUUACACCACCGCUAUCCAACGCUUCACCGAGCUCAAUAGCAUCCGUUCCGCCCGGGGUAGCUGAAAUACCUCAACCGAAAUCCGCGGUCUCGCAUUUGCAGAGUAUCAAUGAUCGUGUAACCAAGCCAUACGACUAUACCGAGGGCUAUCACUUCUUGAUGAAACAUCUGCCAACUCGCUUCGAGAAGAACGACAUCCUUCGUGUAGUGCGCGCGCUAGCAAUCUUCCGGCCAUCGCUAAUUGCGCUUCAAAUGCCGCUCUCUCUGGACGACGAGAUUUUCGUUGAAAAGUGCUUCCAGCGUUCAUUGCUCGAACUUGGCAAGCUAAUAUCUUACAGUGGGACGCCAACAGUCGUCUGGCGUCGCACUGGCGAGAUCUGCCUCGUUGCUCCAGAGUUCUGCAUGCUUACGGAGUGGCCAAUGGAAGAGCUGGUUGGUCGCCGAAAAUACAUCUAUGAGCUCUUCGAGAACCAAUCGGUGGUCGAGUAUUGGGAGAACUUUGCGUCGCAUGCAUUCGAAAACACGACACGGUCUGUAUACUCGCAUUGCGUUCUACUCAAACCCGACGGCACACCAGUCCCAGCGACGUUCUGUUUCUCAAUACGAAGAGACCUAUUCGAUCUUCCCAGCAUGGUGAUCGGCCAAUGGCUUCCCCUUCUAUAGAAGAAGCCAGCCACUAGAUUUGCCGUCCAAUGACGGUCUCAACCUGUCAAGUAUGAUUAUUCUUUUCUUAUCUCUGUCUCAAGCAUCUGGGGUUCGUGUGCAUCUGGUUUGCUAUAACUAUUGUUCUUUUUAUUAUUUCCAUCCCACUCUCACAAUAACUGUUUGACUAGCGUUUCGCCCUUUGUGUUUCUAAAAUCUCUCUUUUCUGUCUUUCAUCUCUUCUUACUUAGCUCUCUCGCUGCUAAUCUUUUUCGAGAUAUGUCUGCUUCCUUGGUUACUCCUGUCGAACACUCUUCGAGUCUAGCCACCUGUGCGUCUGACUCUCUGUCGUUGUAUGCACACUUGCCCUUAUGGUCUUCGUUAUGUCUCUAUGUCUCUAGAUUCGCUCCUGGCUUAAGCUGCCCAUGGCAUCUCCUGCGUUGUUUUCCUCUCUGUUCGCUAGCACUGCUGCUACUCGCUGCUUGCAGUUUCCUUCUUUC